UUGUCAUGGCACCGCCCCCGCCACUUCCGCUACGAACCCAGAAGUCCCUCCCCGGCGCCGGAAGUACCGCCGCCUCGCUUCCUCAGAGUCUUCUCCCACCCCGACGCGGAGGGACCGGCUGGCUUCCGGCCCCGGGUGGGCGCCGGCUCGGCUCCCCUUACGCUCCGGAGCGGUGUCCCGGGAGCACCGUCCUGCCGGACGCCGGCGCCGGAAGCUCGGGCCGCGGCCGCGCCUGGGGAGCGCCGGUGCGGGCGCGAGGCGGGUGCGGGGCCAUGAACGGGACCGCGAACCCGCUGCUGGACCGCGAGGAGCACUGCCUGCUGCUCGGGGAGAGCUUCGAGAAGCGGCCGCGGGCCUCCUUCCACACCAUCCGCUAUGACUUUAAACCAGCAUCUAUAGACACUUCCUGUGAAGGAGAGCUUCAGGUUGGCAAAGGAGAUGAAGUGACAAUUACGCUGCCACAUAUCCCUGGAUCCACACCACCGAUGACUGUGUUCAAGGGGAACAAACGGCCUUAUCAGAAAGACUGUGUGCUGAUUAUUAAUCAUGACACUGGUGAAUAUGUGCUGGAAAAGCUCAGUAGCAGCAUUCAGGUCAAGAAAACAAGGGCUGAGGGGAGCAGUAAAAUCCAAGCCCGAAUGGAACAGCAGCCCCCUCGUCCCCCACCGCCGUCACAGCCACCACCACCUCCACCCCCUAUGCCAUUCAGAGCUCCAACGAAGCCUCCAGUUGGACCCAAAACUUCUCCCUUGAAAGAUAACCCCUCACCUGAACCUCAGCUGGACGACAUCAAAAGAGAGCUGAGGGCGGAAGUUGACAUUAUUGAACAGAUGAGCAGCAGCAGUGGGAGCAGCUCCUCAGACUCUGAGAGCUCGUCAGGAAGCGAUGACGACAGCUCCAGCAGCGGAGGUGAGGACGAUGGCCCUGCGUCUCCUCUGCAGCCUUCGCACCAGCAACCCUAUAACAGCAGGCCAGCCGUCGCCAACGGAACCAGCCGGCCGCAAGGAAGCAACCAGCUCAUGAACACGCUCAGAAAUGACUUGCAGUUGAGUGAGUCUGGCAGUGACAGUGAUGACUAGAGCCGGAUCUUUUGAAAUCAACUCUUUGGUGCACAAAUAUGCUGCAAGACGAGGCUACUUUAGCAUGGAGUCCAUUGCCAAGACGAAAAUGUGGAUAUGAGACUGUAGUAGGAGGCUGAGGCUCUGGAGCUCUCAGAUAUUCAAGUCUUUAAUUUAGUGGUGAUGGGUGAUUUUUUCAUGUAAUUUUUGAACACUCUCAUGUUUCGAAGUUUAAGUAGAUCUAUAGAAAAACUAACGAUGAUAUUUCUAUUUGGUUAACACUGUUAAUGAAGAACAGACAAAUGUGCCCCGGUCUAGGUUACUCAAAGGCCAUAUCUUCACCAGGCUAGUGAUUCAGUUUUAAACCUCAGCAGCCACAAGUUUGGCCAAGUGGUCUGUACCAAUGAAGUGAAAGACAGUCUUUGAGGGGUAGGAGAGAGAGGAAACCCUUAAACUGUAGCAUAGAAGUAUGUUAAAACCACUUGAAAUUGUUGACACAAAGUGGUAAGGAAGUUUUAUCUGACCCAGCCUGACAAGCCUGUGUAGAAAUGGACUCUAAGAUGGAGCCUAGAUGGUCAUCUGGGUGGGAUCUGGAGCUCUGCUAGUUCAGCCCCCUCUUUUACAAAUAAGGGGAAAAAAGCUGUCUUCUGGCCAGUCUCCUGGCCCCAGUCCAGGUGUUUCCCACUGGAAUGGGAAAUACCCAUUGAAUGGGAAAACCCACUGGUGUUUCUUAUACCCACCUGAGAUUCUUAUACAGAAGACAAAAGUGUUGGGUACUUCUAGCUCAGAUUCAGAUCUAGGCAGUUCCUAAAUACAUGAGGCCGGGUGAGCAGAUUAAACUAGCAGCCACUGUGCUGAUGCAUAUGACUCAAUAAUUGGGGCUUUUAGUUCCGUAUAGAUCCAUACUAAGUGUUCUUCACUCAGGGGAUUUUAGUAGGGGAGGUAGGAGUGGAAGAGAGGUGUAGUGAAGAAACCUUUCUGAACAAAUGAACCAGCAGCAGGUUUCCAAAAACCAGAACCUAGAUAGGAGUUCUGCAAUAUGGAAUGAGCACAUUCUUUGAUAAGGCAUUUUUGUUCAUGCUUUUGUACCACUGUUUGUGCCUGACUCCCAGACUGAUUUGUAUUUUUUAUAUACAACCAGAAGAAAGUCACAAGAUUGCCUUCUGCAGUGUGCAGCUUCCAAAUGAAUCUAUUGUUGCAGGAAACUGGUCACUAGUAAAUGUUCCAUAUUGAGUGGAUGUGUGAUACAUCAUCCCAUAAGUAAUAUGGAGUAGCCCAUUUCUGUAAUUUGGAUGAAUAUGUCCUGAGAAAUUUCCAUCUAUGGUUCAGUGGGCAUCAAGAACAUGAGAAAUGAUUUUCUUUCCUCGGGUCCCUCCACUCAGAUGGCCUCUCCCUCCCCAGCUAGUUGAGGGAAGCAGCCUGGACCUAGAAAGGAAUUAGAUGAUCCAUAGUGAGGGCUUUGGUUAGAGUUGAGCCUUAUAAAGUCACCUGUUUCAUCCACAUAGUGACCCCAGUGAGCUGGCGAUGUGGGCCAGGCGCCGUUGUCCAGCACCACGCUCACACCACUCUACCAAGUGUUGGUAAUAGGUACACGCUGGUACCCUGUGGUGGGUUCUCAGCCCAUUAUGAGGUUUCAGUGGAUUUAAUGGCUGAUAGGAACUUAUUUAUAAUGAAUUGAUAAUAGCUUUAUAAUUCCUUGGUAAUGACAGCUCAGGGAAGGUGAAGGUCACGAUUGGGAGACUUGAAUUGUUUUUGGAUGUGGAAAUUGUUUCACUGCUCUUAACUUGCUCAAGCUGGGGCAGGUUCCAGGAACUUGAACUAAAAAUAUCUAUUUAAGCCUCUCUUUAUUUUUUUCUUCCAAAGUCAGGAUUUAUAUAGACAGAAGUGUGAUUUUUGGCAUGUCUGGUCAAGAUGUUUGUUUCUAUAGGAAAUGCUUGCGUGUGGCACUGGGCUUGGUGAGUCAAGCUCUCUGAGCUUCAGCCCUCUCCCCUGUCAUCCAUCCUACCCAAUACUGCACGGUUAGCCUCCAGCACGCCUCCAGUUUUGUUCUCUGCACAGAGCCUUCAGUGCUUCCUCCCCUUGCCCUCCAGCUUUGCCCACCAGAGUAAGGAAUCACUUCUUUUAGGAAAUCAAGAAUUUGGCCUCACAGACUACUACUCACGAAUAUCCUCAUGCCAGCCAAACUGGACUUGUUCUUCCUGCCUCUGUGCCUUCUCAGUCUCUCCUCCCCUCUCCCCUGUCAACCCCACUCCUGAGACUCCAUAGGUGGUAGCCUUUUUUUUUUUUUUUUGUGAGGAAAAUUAGCCCUGAGCUAACAUCCGAUGCCAAUCCUCCUCUUUUUGCUGAGGAAGAUUGGCCCUGGGCUAACAUCCAUGCCCGUCUUCCUCUACUUUAUAUGGGACACCGCCACAGCAUGGCUUGGCAAGCAGUGCGUCGGUGCAUGCCCGGGAUCCGAACCUGCAAAUCCUGGGCCACUGCAGCGGAGCGCGCGCACUUAACCGCUACGCCACCUGGCUGGCCCCGGUGGUAGUCUUCAUGGACUCUUCCUCUGUUCGUUUCAGCCAACUGGAGUGCUCCGUGUACAUACUGACGUUCCUCUUGCUUGAGUUCUGGUUGGUGUGAACUCCUUAAAAGCAGGGACCAUCAUUCUCAUCUCUCUUCCCUGGGGUGUCCACAGGGAUAGAUAUUCGGAUGCUUAUAGACUGGUGGGGAGGAGGCAGAGAAAGCCAACCAGUGGAGUACAGAGGGUAGACAGACAGAAAACAGUCCAGGCUUUUGGAAACAGCUGAAAACUAUCCAUGCUGAUUUUCAUGAUUUUGAAGUCUCUAACUGAAUUGUUAAAAUUUCUUUUCUUUCUUCUCUACAACGGCUAGUAUACUGUGGGUCAUUAGGCGAGGUGUAAAGACUUAAGUCCGAAGUAUCCAAGGAGCCAUGGCAAGUAAAGACACAGUACAGAAGUGAUUUGGGGAAACUUAAUACAAACAAGCUAGAGAUUUGUAAUGAUGCCACUCAUUUUAUUUCUGUAGCAGGAUCAUUUUUUCUGUGUGUGGUAUUAAUAUGUAUGUGCUUCAGUGGUGGGAAAACUUGAAGAUUCCAAAAUCCGUACUUCUCUAUUUGAGAGGCUGGUUAAGUAGGGUAUAUGUGUAGUGUGUGUGUGUGUGUGUGUGUGUGUGUGUGUGUGUGUGUGUGUGUGUGUGUGUGUGUGUGUGUGUGUGUGUGUGUGUGUGUGUGGGAUGUAUUUAUUACAUUACUUUGAAAGAGUAAUAGUCUGUUACGUGGAUAUAUAUUAGGUACAACCAAAUUGGAUGCUUCUAUUUGGCAAGGAAGGUAGGAUUUCUGAAACUCAGGCGUUAACCAGUAGGUUGGAAGACCAGACCAAUUGAAUUGAAGUGCUAUGAAAUGUGUGUUUUUGUUGCUCCUGUUAUUUCUGUCUUGCGUUCAUUGUCUCAUUCUUUAAUAAUUUUAAAAAUUUUGUGCCUGAAAGUUUAUUUUGCUUAAUUAUUAAGUAGACAUGCAUGUUUACAUUUAUGUAAAAUAUUUGCUGUGUGAAGUUUUUUUUUUGGUUUAUUCUCUUAAAAGAUCACUAUAUUUAAGUAAAAAAUGAAGGUCAGCAAUA